UUUCUUUAAGGUUUCGUUUCUUUAAACGAUCAAGGUAAAAACUCGAGGUACACGAGCAGCUCGUGUAGAUGUGUGUGAUACACAGAGUCUGGCGCGCAGAAGUUGAGCGCACAGUCAGCACGCGCGUGCAGAGGGCGGAGGUUCGGUCGUGGUUCCGCCUUCACGACUGUUUAUUCUCUCUAUAUCGUCCGAAGAGAGCGAGUGUCUGUGAAUAACUGGCUCAUUUGGAAUGUGGUUCGUCAUCUCACCGGAUCACAUGACGCACGUCAGUCUGUAAUGUCCAGCGCAGCGGCUCUGUGCGCGGGUCGUGACAGGUGUGUUACCUGUGGCUGUGAACGGUGAUAAGGGGGCAGGCUUGUUGUCAUCACCGUGUGCUUUCUUCCGGCUCGGAUCACCGGCACGCCGACGAAAUGAAUCGCUUCGCUGUAACCGCACCGUUUGAAGAGUCGGGACCGUGAACGCGUUUGGAUGGCGGAGCGCUCGUGAAAGGGGACCUCGAAAUCCACCGAACAGUUCGUGACGGUUUACUGUAUGAAUGGGCGAAGACGCGCGCACCACUCCCUAAUCACUGACAAUAGCCGCUCUCAAUAUAGCGUUUAUUGAGCGCGAACACGGAGUCUGUGGAUCUGACGCAUUACAGAACCGGGCUGCGGGCAGUAUGUGCGAGACGGUGAUGGCCGUUUGUCAGCUGGACACCGAGCCUCAUCCACCGGAGAACGGCUUCGUCACCCCCGAAACGAGUCGAACGCCCGAUUUACUUUCGCAGAUCGACGGCGGCGUGUUUGCCCGUCUGGGAGGCUUUGGGAGAUUCCAGAUACAGCUGGUCGUUUUGACGUGCAUCCCGGCGAUAUUCAUCGGCUUCAGCCAGUUUUCGGACUAUUUCCUCCUCGGGCAGCCGUACAACACGUGUGCCCGUGUGCACGCGAAUAAAAGCGACCCGUCGGUCGCUGCGCCCGCGUUUGGCGGCGCGAAUAAUGGGAGCAACGGCACGGAUCGGUCAUCGCAGUGCGUCUGCAUGCAGUCGGGAUACGAACUGGAAACUGGACUUGAUCAGAAUGUUGUCACCAAGUGGAACCUGGUAUGUGACUCGGCCUGGAUUGUUCAUAUAGCCAAAUUCUCCCUGCUGGUGGGCUCCAUCUUUGGAUACUUGGUGUUGGGAGUGCUGGCAGACUGGUUUGGCCGUCACCCGGUCCUGAUCCUCUCCGUCUUCUUCAUGCUUGUGUUCGGCAUGACGGUGGCCUUCUCCGCCAACGUCCCGAUGUUCAGCACCCUGCGCUUCUUUGAAGGCUUUUGCUUAGCAGGAAUCACGCUGUCGCUGUACGCUCUGAGGAUUGAGCUUUGUCUGCCCCGCUGGCGUUUCUCCAUGACCAUGGUGGCUAACUUUGUGGCGUUGGCCGGGCAGCUGCUCAUGCCGGGACUGGCGGCCCUCUGUCGUGACUGGCAGAUUCUGCAGGUGGUCAUCAUCUGUCCACUCCUACUCAUGCUCUCCUAUAUCUGGAUUUUUCCGGAGUCUCUGCGCUGGCUGCUCGCUACUCAGCAGUACAGUCGCUCUAAAUGGAUCAUAGAGCGCGUCGCAAAGAAAAACAAGGUCGAUCUGGAGCAGGACGCUGAAGAACUGAUGACGGAGCUAAACAGAGCCCUGCCAAAGCAGUCCAAGAAGACGUGCAUCGUGAAAAUGGUUGGCACGAGGAACCUCUGGAAGAACAUUGUGGUGCUCUGCAUCAACUCACUAGCAGGUUAUGGGAUUCACCACUGCUUUGCACGCAGUAUGAUGGACCCAAACAUGGAGACCACCACCAUGUUUCAUAACUUCUACACCGACUACUACACAAUGGCGGGCAUAGCCGUGGCGUCCUGCGUGGCGCUGUGCCCUGCCGUGAGCGUGAUGGGUCGGCGUGGAGGACUCCUCAUGUUCAUGAUCAUCACUGCGCUGGCGUCUCUUCUUCAGCUUGGCUUGCUCAACUUGUUGGAAAAGUACAGUGUUCCACUGAAUAUGGAUCAAUCUGAUACGCUGAAGUCCAAUUUUUCAGUGGCUUUCUCCAUCAUUGGCAUGUUCUCCUCCCACGCUGUCAGCAACCUCAGCAUCUUUUUUUGUGCUGAAAUUACCCCUACUGUUAUUAGGGGUGGUGGUCUAGGUCUGGUCCUGGCCAGUGCUGGUUUUGGCAUGCUAACAGCACCCAUCAUGGAGCUUCACAACCAGAAAGGCUAUUUCCUACAUCACGUCAUUUUCGCCUGCUGCACUCUUAUCUGCAUCAUCUGCAUCCUGCUGCUGCCAGAGACUCAAAAUCGGCCGCUACCAGAAACAUUGGCUGAUGGUGAAUGUUACGCCCGCCAACCGCUUCUGCCACCUCGUAAGCCAGGAGAGCAACGUUCUCUGCUGACCAAGUCUGAGAGCCGCGAGUACGCGAGGGUUGGAGACACGCCACUUCAUGAAGCAGCUGCAACUGCUAUUUCCACUAUGGAUUCUACUGCCUCAUCAGCCAUCGACCUCCCAACACUCCAUGAAGCGCCUGGUUCGUUACAAUUCAUGAGUAUGAGGAAAUUGGCUUCUACCCAAGAGCAAGAUGAAAUAAGGCAAACCAUUGACGAGUAUCCCACAUCUGUCAUCACGCUUGUGUCCUCUGCUCCAUCUGUGAAGGACCCUCUCCUCGGCUGUAUUCCAAACACAUCUACCCCGGUUAUUAUCAGUUCUCUUCGGGCAUCUAAAAUGGAAUCUCCCCCUGAUGUUAUCUUAGAUGUUUUGUCGCCUUCUACUGUGGACACUCCUUUGAUCACCGAUCCAGUCUUAGAGUCCGUGACCCCAACUGCUUUGACUGCUAACGUCUUAGCCUCAUCGACUGAGGUUCUACCUCCGGCAUUUCUAGAUGUAGUUAUUACUCCUAUUGCGCAAUCUCCUGUGCCAGUAUCCAAUGAUAGCAACUUCCAAGCUGAGAUGGACUCUUCAGGUCUGCUUCUUGACUCUCCAUUGCCUUCUUUGGUCAGUGAUUCUAACGCCCAACUUGCAGUGGACUCUUCGGAUACCCCGAUAAACGACACCAUUCCUCUCUGCAACACAAAUGUGACUGAUGCAUUACCCCUGUCCACCUGUCAAUCGCCCACACAACCUUCCUCAACAGACUCUCCUGUUCAUCUAGUCAAUGAAAUUCCACCGUCUUCCCCAACAGAACUGUCACUAGAUUCCCAGUCUGACCCGUCAAGUCAAGUUCACCACAUCCCAGCUGAAUCCCUCUCCUCACCUAUAGAUUCUGGUAUUCCAAUACUACUCUCAGUUGCUCCCUCUGCGAUGGACUCCAUAGAAUCUGGCCCUUCUUCACCAGCUGUCCUUGAGUCUUCAGCGACCAUAAAUGAUGGUGCAUCUCUCUUUGCCACAGCAGACUCGAGCACAGCUCAUGCUAUAAGCACAGACUCUGUUACAGAUUCUGGCAUCCCCAUGAUUAUUGACUUAACCGCUUCCUCACCGAUUGACUCAGGUGUACCUUCUGCUUUGGACUUGACUACCACAGAAACCAGCAAUACUGCCAAUGAAGUGUCAUCUUCAUGACAGACACAUUCAUUAAGGUGGUAGGUAGCCUUAUUUGAAGAAGCAGUUCUCAUCACUUGGAGGACUCGUGCUGGUCAUUUCAAGUGUCAAAGUACCUUUGCUUUCCAGGAGCCAUGACCAAGGAAAAGCAAAAAAAGGCGAAGGUAUACAAUUAUUUGACGAAAAGGGAUGAACCAUAAGCAGGUCAAUGCUCAAAGCAUCCGUGACUUGGUGUCCAGCGGUGCCGGUAUUUGCUUUUUGGGCAGUGUUAUCAUGUGUUAUCAUUGAGCUUCUAUUAUUGUAAACAAUAAGACUACCACAGACAAGUUUUCACUGGAGUAACACUGGAAUUCGCAACAGUCUGACUGCUAUCAAGUCUAUAGGCUUGGCAGUAACUUUUAACAGUUAUCCAUCAAGGGUAGUCAGAUAUGAACAGCACUGGGUAUUUUUACAGCGUCUGUGAAGUCCAGUAAUCUAGCUACUUGAAAAUACACGAUAAAAGGUUUAUCAAGAAAAAUCACUUCACUAAAGAUAAGGAGAUACAGUAUAUGCCUAAAGGGAAUUACUCAGUAGCCCAACAUUGUACAUUUGAUGCUGGACGGUGUGCCAUGAAAGGCAAAACCUUUUCAAAAUUAGGUAUCAAAUAAACACCUCCGUGUUAAACUUAUGGGUAAAAACAUCAGAUGUAUUUCUAAACCUGUUUUAAAUGACAUGCUACAGUGCAACUGGAAUACUCUACUUGUUUUUAUAAAGCUAAUCACCAGGUUCUGGUGGGGAUAAAGUAAUUUUAAGGAAUACAGAAGAUACAGGCCUAGGACUAUUUUGUAAGUGACCCACAACAUGCUAAAUCAAGUGUAUGAAACAGAUUCAUUGUGAAUGUGGAAACUGGUGAAAUUUUGUAAUUUAUGCUGUUGUGGUACUGAUGUGGAGCUUUACAUAAAAAAAAGGAAAAAGAAAAUGUUAUUUUGUCACUAUUAAUUAGUGUGCGCCCGUUACUUUGGGCCUUUGUUAGCAAAUCCGUGUGAAUGUAUGUGGCACUUUAUCUUUCACAAUGACAACAAAGCAUGUGAAUGUCUAAAACAACAUUUGUAAAAAAUGAAUUGAGAACAAAUAUCAAUUUGAGAAGGUAGUACAGUUGUCAUUUUAUUUGUGGGACGGUUUACCCAUAGCAAUAAUGUAUUGAUAAUAUUUGACUCUUUUUGUUGUUGUUGUUGGGAUUAACUUUUUUGUUGUUGUUUUCCAUCAAUCACACUUAACAAGUACUCAUAGUUUUAAUUGGCCAAAAAUGGUUGACUUUGACCACAAGGUGCUCAAUGUAAUUUUACCACUAACAUCUUUUUAGCAGCAGGUGAAUAUGCUUCUAAGUUUGAUGAAGUUUUGAACAUUGCAAAAUCAAGGGAAAAUGCAUUAUAAAAUAUGGCAAUAAGAAUCUGUACCUGCACUCGAUAGCCAACAAAUGUACGAUUUUUUCCAAUGGUUUUGAAUAUUUUUAAUAAUUUCAUCUUAAUAUCUUUUUCCUCUGCAAUACUAAUUGAUUAUUGAAAAUGUAUUAUUGCCACAGAGCAUGUAAAAUGUUUAAGAGAAGGUUCUUAACAAAAAUUAGAGUUUUAUCAAAAACAUCACAGCCUUCAAUCUAUUUGUUUGCCUCUUUUACCAUUUGCUCUACUUCCAUAAAAGUAUUGAGAAUGACUUGUUACAUUUGAUACGUAGACAUGAGUCAUUGAUUUACUAGUUUUUCAGGUCAAAGGGACUCCUUAGAGGAAUCCUAAAUCUCAAAAGAAUCAACAGCAUUUGACUGUCGCGUACACAGGUGACUGGUUUGGCAUGCUUUGGUUGUGUAUUGCCUCAUACAGUAUAGGCAAGUCUCCAAGAAUGACAUUAGUUUGAAAAAUUCUGCCAUUCGACAUUUAGUCAUUCAACUGAAUGGACAAUGUAUUGUCCAAAAUAGUUGGUUCAUUCCUGUACUGAUAUCAAAAACAAGACUAGAGUUUGUAAAGAAAGAUCAGUCAAGAAACAGACUAUGCUCUUGUGUUGCUUUGGCAGUAAAUAACCGCAGAGAGCACAACAGUUACCUUCAAAUGCUAAAGCCAUGUGUUGUUAUUCAGGUAGCUGACUACCGUAUAAACAUGUUUAAAUGAUCUGAUUUCUUGUCUCAAAUGUUUCUGAACACGAGGAUCCACAUUAUGAAACUUGUGUGACCAGAAGCAUUUGCAUUUACACAUGUAUGUUUCCCUUCUCUCCCGUAUCGAGCAAACAUUUCAAAUCAACCCAUUCUCUUCCUCCACCGUGUUGAAGUCUUGGCUCAUAAUUUGACACUACACUAGACAACGAGAGCUUUUGAAUGUCAAAUUACAUCAAACAACAUUCUUUCCUGCAUGGUAGACUGAACUAUGUAGAACCUGUUCAGAUUUAGUGUGAGACAGCAAUGAUGUAAGGACCCUUCAAAAGCCAACAUUCAUUACAUAAAUCUCAGUACCACCGCCAACACAUCAAUACUAGAUUCUCUUGUCAAGUCAUCCUAAUAAGCACAAUAUUUUUUGGUUUUUGGUAUACGGCAUCACAAGAAUGCUGGGCGAGUGUUAUUUUAGCAUGCCAUAGAUGGCUGUUUGCAGUGGGAGGGAACAAUGUUUAGUGUUUUACUGCUGGCCACACAAAAGCUCCUCUUUUUUGCCUGAACCACAUCAUAUUUACAUACUUCAAAGAUAUAUAUACAUGCUAUAUGUAUGUAAAUACUGUAAAGUAUAGUGGCCUCAAGGUUAUGAAAACUGUGGUAAUGCCAAAUUUGGUACUGCUAAGCUUUUCCACAGCCAAUGGUCAGACCAGUUUUGGAGCGAACGGGAAACGUCAUGUUAGUCGUCCAACACAAACUAUUUCAAAUGGACGUGGUUUGUGACAGAGUGUACCUCAUGUACUUGAAAAGGAUAUUUAACAUGAGUAUUCACGUCAGAAUGAAUGCUGAAUGCUCCAAGAGUACUGGCACGAGGGUGAAUGUCAAAGACUAGUUGUUUGGGUUGCAUCUACAUUUUUUAACAUGAAUAAUGCUCUUGUAUAUAAACCCGUAUGUGUCGUAAUAUACUUUAUUGAAUAAAAUCUAUUUAUUGAUUACUGAUGAA